AUGGCCGAAUCCACAACAGCGCCGCCUCAUCUCCAAAAGGUCCUCAACUUCCGCGACGUUGGCUUAUCGAUCAAUAAUUUUUCCAACAAGAAUUUUUUCAAGACAGGCCUUCUCUACCGCAGCGGCAUUCCAGACGAUGCUUCACCCGGCGAUCGCCUCGCUCUGCAACAAGACUACAAGAUCCAAACCAUAAUCGACCUCCGAACAGAUUCCGAACACGUCGAACAAGCACGCAAAAACGCGAAAUCGAAGCCACCCUCUGCCUCUCCUGUUGCGGAGCCGAGAGAUCCCGCAAAGGCCUGGAGAGUCCCGGGCGUGAAAUAUGAGUACAUCAAUUUCAAUGGACGGGCUUACUCGAAUGCCCUUAUCAAGCAACUCUCCUACCGAAACACUGCUAAGCUUUUUGGACUGUACCUCAUCGGAUAUCGAACGCAAGCAAUCAGCGUCUUGGGCGAGAACGUUAUGGCGAAGCGAGGACUUAUUGGACUGGCGGAAGACAGCCUGGCUCACUGUAUUAACGAAGUAAAAGCCAUCUUCGAUGUCCUCAGCAACGAGCAGAACUACCCCUUGCUCGUACACUGUACUCAGGGCAAAGACCGGACCGGACUCACCGUUUUGCUGGUCUUAUUACUCUGCGAGACUCCGACAGACGCGAUCGAUCGAGAUUACAUGCUUAGCGAGACCGAACUUGCUUCGGAGCGGGAGAAGAGACUUGUGGAAAUUAGAGCGAUAGGACUACCCGAUGAAUUUGCAGGGUGCGCCAAGGGUUGGGUGGAAACGGUUUCGAAGUGGAUCGAGGAGGAAUACGGUGGGAUUCGGAGGUAUCUGCAACGUUGCGGUGUUGGGCAAGAACAGCAAGAUCGUGUGCGAAGUAUUCUUUUGCAAGCGUGA